AUGGCGUCCGGCACCAGGCGAAACUUCCAGCUGAUGGUGCCAAACAAGGACAUUCUUCCCGGGAUAGACAAUCUUGUCUUUGAGUACAAACUAAGCCAUCCAACUUUGCAACUAAGUCAAGCCAUCUCUCUAGGGCUUGGCUUAAACAAACCCAAGGAUGAGAGCGAGAGCUAUGUUUUUGCUCCAAAGCCCGCUCAGGCGUCCGAGACGGCCUACUACUUGCAGGUCCUACAUGAUGACUUUGAGGAUUUAUUCGUGCCUCAAGUCAGAGACAGCAGCUCUUCGAUUUUUGUCUCUGUGUCGCUCGUCAAGGAUCUCAUCAAUGGCGAGAACAGGGACUGGACCCAAGAGUGCCCCAACAUUUUUUCCAUGGACAUGCAUGCAGCGGCGGAAAAGAACUGGCUACAGAAUACAAAACCGACGAGUGCUAACGAAACAAAGCUAACGCAUCUCGACGUGUGGAUUGCAGAUUCGCUUAACUGGGCCAAGGAGAUGGUCAUAUUUAGUAACGCCGAGUGGCUGCACCUAUCAGGCUUUGCAUACGGAGGCUUCAUGAUGACUGGAGACGAGAGUGGAUGGUCGACCAGUCAGAACCCUCACAACCUCGUCUUUGGCACCUCUGAGACCAACUCUCUCAUGACACGUUAUGAAGCAGCUUGGCAAUCCUUCAUUUUGUACGAGUAUGAGCUACAGCAGAUGAGCAACAUUGUUCAGCUCGUAGCUACGAAACAGGAAUAUCCUCAUAAGAUGCCUCGCAUCAUGUCUUCUGAUGGGCAACUCCUAAUCCGAACCAACGUUCCGGAAGUCGAUCUCGAGUACGAUUACUGUGACAUGACCGGUACACAGAGAUACAAGAGGAAGAGGUUCUCUCUAUGGGACGAACAGAAGGCCCAGGCUCAGAGGAAUGACUUUACGCAGGUACCUGGAGGUGCACUGUCUGAUGCAGACAUGCGCCAGUCUGCAAAAGAUGACUUCUUCAUUGCGCACACAAUCGAAUACUCAUUGUUGUUUGAGCAUACGUCUCGCUUGCUGAAAAGACGCGGGUUCCAGCAGACGGUGUACUUCUACCCCUGUUCGCGCCCGCUCCUACACAAGCUUGAGACGGACUUCGACCGGAAACUCCUGGCCCACUUUUAUCGGUCCGCGAAGCAGGAUCUCGUCGAAGACUGGAACGACUUGGGACCAAUUAAGACCCCUGGGAGCAAGGCCACCAAGUCAGGGAAGAAAGGCAAACCUAGUGGUAGCAAGACGAUCACAAAGGCAGCCAGAAAGGCAGUAGAAAAGAAUAAUUUGAAGAAGAGGGUCGCGGAGUCAGAUGUGCGGGACGCCGACUUUGAAGGCUACGGCGACUUUCAGAAGCUGAUAAGCGACCUGAACUUGGGAGCUCUGGGGGAUUUUGACAACUUUCAAGACAUGAAGACGAUCACAGACUUUGGGGACUUUGGUCCUUCUGCGAGUGGAGAUAACAGCGACUUGAGAGAUGUGGAGGGUAAUGAGAAGGAUGGGGAAGAGGACGUGGAGGGUGGAGAGAAUGGGGGAACUAAUAAAAGGAGACUGUUGGGUAAGUCUGUCAAGGGCUCUCUGUACAAUCGACUCGAGGUUUGGAAUGCCAAAGGGAAGAAGGAUCAGGAAAGGAAGUUGGGGGAAUUGUAA